AUGGGUAUAGACCUGACCAAUGGCGCGCCUCCUUACAGCCGCGCUCCCUGCGCGCUGGGGCCAAUCAGCGGAAGCGUAGCUGCGUGCGUGCGUUGCUCUCGGAGACGGCGGGGGACGCGCAGCGGGCAGCAGGAGCCACACCAGCACCAGCUCGACCCCGUGAGAGAGGCCGUGGAGGAGAUGGUGAAGCUGAGGUCCAAGUGUCUGCUUCUGGGAGACGCUGCGGUGGGGAAGAGCACUCUCUGCCAAAUGUUCAGCAGUGAUGGCGUCCACUUCCAGAGGAGCUACACCAUGACGGCCGGGGUGGAGCUGUUCACCAAAUGCGUCUCAAUCGCUGACAGCGGACACAGCGUGGAGCUGUACCUGCUGGACUGUCCAGGGAAGGAGCUGCUGGCCGAGGCCUGUGACCACAUGUGGGGGGCGCCCUGGCUGCUGUGCCUGGUGUUCGACCUGAGCAAUGAGCAGUCCUUCCUCAGCUGCGACCGAUGGAUGGAGAGGAUCAAGGCCCACAGUUUGGGAAACACUGUGUCCGGGGUCCUGGUGGGGAACAAGAGUGACCUGUCUGAGCGCAGGGUGGUGCCUCUGGAGCAGGCCCAGGACUGGGCCCAAACACACACUCUGGCCUACCACGAGACCUCUGCGAAGGAGCUGGACACCUGCUCCGCCCCUCUGCUCAGCCUGGCUCAGACCUACCUGUCCCUGUACGAGCAGAGCUGUGAGACCAGCCGCAGUCUGCUCACAUAG